AUGGCGCUACGAAUGCUCAUCCACCGAAUAUUUCUUCUCAGACAGGACACAGACGACGAAAUAAUAUCAAAGAAAUCGCUGCAGACGGUAAAGCAGAUCAUCAACUUCCUAAAAGAACAUGCCAGAGAGGAGGGUUUGUUUCGACGUGCAGGGCACAGCGAUCUCAGGAGACGGAUUUUCAACUCGUUGAAGAAAGGGGAAAAACCUCAUUUAGGCAACAAUGGCGCGGCUCUGGAGUGCGCAGCCGCGUUACAACUCUUUCUCAGCCAUUUGAAGAAGCCCGUAAUGCCUCAGCACGUUCAGCAACUGCUUCUGGCUGACAACCCCGGAGUGACUGCCCACGUGAUCGCCAAGGAUGCACUCGGAUUGAUACGACAAGACGUCGGUGGACGUCACGGAGAGCUACUGGCUGGUCUUCUUGAUUUACUGAGACACUUGACCCUUUCCGGCCCUCCGUCCGAAAGAUCAGAGCUCCGUGGUUCACCGCUUCCAAUAGCACUGCUUCCGGUCUUUUUCACUUUGACGCCGGCCGACCUGGUGAAAUGGAAGCAAGUGGCCGCCAGAUUCAGCGAAUUAAUUACCGAGGCCCCCGAGCAACUGCAGUUGAAUGAAAAUCGAUCGUACGAAAUAGCAUCCACGAGACUCUCUAUUGGGAACGUCGGCAACGUUAGGUUGGAGAGAUAA